AUGUCCAAGAAAAAAGAUAUUAAAGAACAAAGAAAUCUGAUUGUGGACAUUGAUGUAGAAGAUUACGAUAUUGAGGAUGAAGAUGAAGGGAGUGUUAGUGUAAACAACAAAGCAACACCAAGGGGCCCGAGCUUGAAGAAGCCAAGGCAAAAGGGUCCAAUGGAUGCAUUUUUUACUCCUAACCCAGAAACUGUGGUUCAAAAUAGAAAGGACAAAGGAAAACAAACUUCAUUGAAUGCGACAUACAAGAAGGAAAUGAGAGAGCACACCAUCCAAAGAAUUGCUCGAUGGUUUUAUGAUGCAGGAGUGCCUCUGAAUGCUUGCACAUAUGAAAGUUUUGCCCCUAUGAUUGAGUCAAUUGGGCAAUUCGGUCCUGGAUUGAAACCACCAUCUUAUCAUGAGUUAAGAGUUCCAUGUUUGAAGAAGGAAUUAGAAGCAACAAAUGAGUUGAUGAGUAACCAUAAGGUAGAGUGGGCCAAGGUUGGAUGCACUGUUAUGGCUGAUGGAUGGACCGAUAGAAGAAAUAGGACAUUAAUUAACUUUUUAGUUAAUAGUCCUAAAGGCACCAUGUUUAUUGAGUCCAUCGAUGCUUCAUUUUAUGUGAAAGAUGGAAAGAAGAUGUUCGAGUUACUUGAUAAUUUUGUAGACCAAAUUGGAGAAGCGAAUGUUGUACAAGUAGUUACCGAUAGUGCCUCAGCAAAUGUGAUGGCAGCAUUGAAAAGAGGCAUAGAGAUCAGCAAUUUCAUAUACGUUCGUCCUGGAUUGUUAAACAUGAUGCGACGUUUUACUAACCAAAAGGAGUUAGUUAGACCAGCUAAGACUCGUUUUGCUACUGCUUGCAUUACAUUAUCGAGUAUACAUCGUCAAAAGAAUAAUCUGAGGAAGAUGUUUACUUCAGAUGAAUGGAAGGACAACAAAUGGAGUAAGGAGCAACAAGGGAAACGAGUAGUUCAGACUAUUUUGUUGGCUAGUUUUUGGACUACAAUUGUUUUCGCUCUUAAAGUAUCUGGCCCACUAGUCCGAGUUCUUAGAUUGGUUGAUGGCGAGAAGAAGCCACCUAUGGGAUAUAUUUAUGAGGCCAUGGAUAGAGCUAAGGAAGCUAUUGCUAAAUCCUUUAAUAAUAAUGAAGAAAAAUACAAGGACAUUUUCACCAUAAUUGAUAAAAGAUGGGAGCUUCAGUUGCAUCGUCCUCUGCAUGCAGCGGGGUAUUAUUUAAACCUGUCAUUCUAUUAUUCGAAUCCUAACAUCCAGGAGGAUGAUGAAAUAGUUAAUGGACUCUACUCAUGCAUAACAAAAAUGGUUGCUUCAUUGGAAGUACAAGACAAAAUACUUGCAGAACUAAGCAAGUAUAAGAGGGCUGAAGCAUUAUUCGGACAACCUUUAGCAAUCAGACAAAGGGACAAAAUAUCUCCAGUGGAAUGGUGGGAUAAUUUUGGACAAUCAACUCCAAACUUGCAAAAGUUUGCUGUGAGAAUUUUAGGUCUUACUUGUAGUGCUUCUGGAUGCGAGCGUAAUUGGAGUGUGUUUGAACAGCUUCAUAGCAAGAAACGAAAUAGGCUUGCUCAAAGUCGUUUGAAUGAUCUAGUGUUCAUCAAAUACAACAGAGCACUAAAACGUCGAUACAACCUACGAGAUAUUGUCGACCCCAUCUCCUUGAAAGAUAUUGAUGAUAGUAAUGAAUGGUUGAUUGGAAGAUUGGAUGACGAUUCUGAGGAGGAUGAUGAGUUGGUAUUUAAUGAUGAUUCUUUAACGUGGGGUGAUGUUUCUAGAGCUGUCGGAGCAAAAGAACCAUCAUUCUAUUCUAGAGCUAGUACCUCUAGACCAAAGACUAUUGUUUCAUGUUCAUCCUCGUCUACCACGCAACGCAAACAAGUAAAUUUAGAUGACUUCGAUUUGGAAGAAGAAGAUACUGAUGGCAUAUAA